CGCGAAACGCAGCGCUACUACCAGCCCUGGCUCGCAGCGCACGGCAGCUCUAUCAAUGUCGCCAAACACGUCGACUCCCUCGCCCAACUCGACCUGCACAAACAAGGCUAUGCCCCAAUCGCCUCCCGCGACCGCUCCCUGACAGCCUUUGCGCAAUUGCUGGCCAUACGACUCGACGUACGCCGCUGCAUGGUCUCCCUCAUCGACGCCACCAACCAGUAUAUCCUCGCCGAAGCCACCCGAACACACUCUGUCACACGUGGAUUUGCUGAAGAUGGAGACGAGUUUCGUACAGGACACAUGAUCGGAACGCUAGCAGUGUCAAAUGACACGCCGAGAGACGGCCUGGGUGCAGAUGAGCUUAGAUACAUGCAGGAGGUGGCACAAUCCACUAUGGAACACCUCGAAUGGGCAAGAGACCGAGUCGACCGAUUCAAAGGCGAGCGAAUAGUUAGAGGCAUGGCGCAGUUCAUUGACGAAUGCUCGAGUCUGCGUGAAGCACCAGAAGGAGAGAAGACAGAAGGGGAGAAGAGCCGGCAACCGAUACCCCACGAACAGAGUGUUUCUUCUCUUUCAGACACACUUCAGCCCGCUCGGCCUGGUCUCGCAAAGAGAGCAUCCUCGCGCAAUGUUCACACUCAGUCCAAUAGACCAGACGGCGUGUCCCGAAUGUUUGCGUCUGCAGCUGAGAUCUUACGCGACUCCACAAUCGCGGAUGGCUGCGCUAUCUUCGGCUCUACUGCUGACUCGAGAGGCAAUACAGUCUUCAAGCAGCCACCAAACAACCACGACAACGUAUACGAUCGCAAAUCUCAACCUUCACCAGCAUCCGACUCUGAUCGGCAUGAGACUGGAACUUCCGACUCUGACAGCUCACCAUCUACCCGGCCGUGUAAACUCAUGGCCUUCUCGGUCGCCGAUCAGCACGCUCGACAGUCAAUAGAGGGCAGUACUGCGCUUACUGUCGGUACUUUGGAUAAGUACUAUGCGCUCUAUCCUCAAGGUCGCAGCUUCUCCUUCAACGAUGAAGGUAAGGGUAUAUCGUCAGAGGAAGAGAGUAAUAGCGAGAGAGAAGCCGAUAAGUCUACCAAGACUGACGAGAGUCCCAACGCAAGAGCCAAAUCACGAAAUCGAAAGCGGCAAAUGGAUCAUAAAGAAUUGCUUAAAAAUAUCCCAGGCGCCAAGACUGUGGCAUUCCUACCGCUGUACGACCACUCGGAGGAGAAGCUCGUCGCUGGUUGUUUCCUAUGGUCAUCCACCGUUGGGCGUAUUGCUCUCGAUGCCGAUCUGUCGCAUCUACGGGCAUUCGGCAAUUGUAUUGUCGGCGAGGUGAUCAGAAUGAACAUGCAGCGAAACGAAGCGGCUAAGACGACAUUCAUUGCCUCGAUGAGCCAUGAGCUUCGUUCCCCUUUACAUGGCAUACUUGGUGCCGCUGAGUUUCUAGCGGAGACCACGGCAGAUGCCUACUCUGCUGGACUGGUGAACUCAAUCGUGACUUGCGGCAAGACGCUUCUGGAUACCUUGAAUCAUGUGCUAGACUACAGCAAGAUCAACAAACUUGGCAAAACACAGAUGAGACGAAGAGCGCGGCAGAACAAGCCAGUCAGUUUGACCUCAGACUCUACCCUUGAUAGUCUCAACAUGACGGCCGAUGUCGAUCUUGGCAUCCUCGUGGAAGAGGUGGCCGAGGCCGUGACGGCUGGUCACACCUUCAAGAAGUUACCAGGCGCGAUGGCUCUCGCCAAGCCUGUCCAGCAGACCAGCGAAUCUGUCAAUAAUCUGCCAGCUUCUUCUGCCAAUGAUCAUGCAUCCGAUGGUGUCUCAGUGCUGCUGGACAUUAGUCCUAGGCGGUCCUGGAUUGUGCGAAUCCAGCCAGGCGCUUUGAGACGCAUCAUCAUGAAUCUUCUUGGAAACGCCUUAAAGUACACCUCUUCUGGCUUCGUGGCUGUUUCACUUCGUGCUCAGGAAAGCAGUGACAGCUCCAAGAUCAAUGCUCUGAUUCGUGUCGUUGACUCUGGCAAAGGCAUGUCCGACAGCUUUCAGCGAGACAGACUCUUCGUUCCUUUCAGCCAAGAGGAUCCCUUUCAACCCGGCACUGGACUUGGUCUGAGUAUUGUCAAGCAAAUUGUGGAUAGUCUGGGCGGCAGUGUGCAAGUCCACUCAGAGUUGGACGUAGGUACUGAGAUCGACAUCCACUUAAGCCUGCCGACCGCCGCCCACGUUCAGCAGGAACUCGAUGCUCAUGGUCUUCCUGCGCCUGAUUCUGAGAUGCUCGAAGUUGAGCGACUUACGAAGGGCAAACACUUGGUAAUUCUGGAUCCUGGUGAUCCCGAUAGAUGUCGCGUGCCAACGCAUCGCGUGGCCCGUUUCCAGCAGACCGUGAGAGAAGUGUGCACAAAUUGGUUCGGAAUGAGAGUUUCUUGGUCGAGCGACAUGGAUGUCAAGGAUGCUGACUUAUACGUCUUUGGUGAACCCCCACCGCUGGAGAAGCUGGCAGAUCAUCACCAUCGUGAAGGCCAUCCAGAGCAUUCAAAGCGAACCGUUCCGAUUGUGAUUAUCUGCGAGAACGAUCAAGAUGCGAUCACUCUGACCAGACACGAACAGGAGACUCUUAGGAAGCUAGGAAAGCUCGUCGAGGUCAUGCCGCAACCUUGCGGACCGAGAAAGCUCGCCAAAGCUUUCAUGCACUGCCUACAGCGGGCACAAGACGUUCGCGCUCGACUUGAAAAUGCCGACCAAAUAACAUCAACUCUGUCAGAAGAUGUCCCGGGUUCAGGCGCCAAAGACUCAACAAAAGAGCCCCAUUCUUGCACCAACGACCUCCGAACUACCGUCAGCUCAGCUCUCUCUUAUCCAGCUACAACACCCAUCGACCCUCUGACGCCCUCUCUACGAUCCCCGUUGACCGAAGAUCGAGACCCCAUUCAAAACAUCAACCAGAAUGACCCCCCACCUCCGAGCCCCGAACCAAAUCCUCUGCACCUCCUUCUCGUAGACGACAACAAGAUCAACCGCCAACUCCUCGUCAUGUUCAUGAAAAGGUGCAAAUUUACCUACCUCGAAGCCGAAAACGGUCAAGAAGCUCUCGACCUCUACCGAUCCUCAAUCUCCGACUUGCCAAAUCACAAGCAUUUCGAUUUCGUGCUGAUGGAUAUCUCGAUGCCGAUCAUGGAUGGCAUGGAAGCUACGAGACGCAUCCGAGAUUUCGAGAAAGAGAAUGGGCUCAAAAGGGUUACAGUCAUUGCGCUUACGGGCCUGGCGAGCGAGAAGGCGAGGGAAGAAGCUGAGACGAGUGGAAUUGAUGUGUUUUUGCCGAAACCGGUUAAGUUUGCCGAGCUGAGGAAGUUGUUG